AUGGUGAACAUCACAGAAAAGAUUAAGGAAAAACUCGCUCGUCUACGAGCCCAGCUCCUGGAGCCAGUCGGCGGUGCAGGCUCCGGUGGUGGCGCCGGCUUCGAUGUGAGCAAGAGUGGUGAUGCGCGUGUAGCACUCGUUGGUUUCCCAUCCGUCGGAAAGUCUACUUUCUUGUCGAAAAUUACCAAGACCAAGAGUGAGGCUGCGGCAUACUCUUUCACCACGCUCACAGCCAUUCCCGGUGUGCUGGAGUAUGGUGGUGCCGAGAUCCAGAUUCUGGAUUUGCCCGGUAUCAUCGAGGGUGCCUCUGAGGGUAAGGGACGUGGUCGGCAAGUCAUUUCCGCUGCGAAGACUAGUGACUUGGUUCUCAUGAUUUUGGAUGCUACAAAGCGUGCUGAGCAGCGGGCACUGCUGGAAGCUGAAUUGGAUGCCGUGGGCAUUCGGUUGAACAAGGAACCACCAAAUAUCUAUCUCAAGGCGAAGAAGGCCGGUGGCAUGAAAAUCACCUUCCAAACACCACCCAAGAACCUUGACGAGAAGAUAAUUUCCAACGUCCUCCGCGACUACAAAAUCCUCAACUGCGAGGUAUUGUUGCUGAUGAUUUACGUUCUAGCCACGAUUGACGACUUCAUCGAUGUGAUCAUGAAAGAUCACCGCAAGUAUAUUCGCUGCUUGUACGUCUAUAACAAGAUCGACAGCGUCAGUCUCGAGUUUUUGGACCAACUGGCCCGCGAGCCGUACACAGCCGUCAUGUCUUGUGAGCUCGAUCUCGGCGUACAGGAGGUGGUAGAACGGAUUUGGAAGGAACUGCGUUUAAUGCGGCUCUACACAAAGCGGAAAGGAGAAGAACCCGAUUUCAGUGAGGCACUCAUUGUGCGUCGCGAUUCGAGCAUUGAGGACGUCUGCGACCAAAUUCACCGCACGCUGAAGGAGACGUUCAAGUAUGCGCUGGUGUGGGGUGCGAGUGCGAGACAUAUCCCGCAGCGAGUGGGAUUGGGGCAUAUGGUUGCGGAUGAGGACGUGGUGUCCAUAGUGGCGAAAUAG